AUGGUCGCGUGCACAGCUCUCGUGCUGGCUCUAGUGGUCGCGACGCUAGUCUACCUCCUCUAUAACUAUUCGCGCCUCAAGUCUAUUCCAGGGCCCGUUCUCGCUGCUUUUACCGACAUUUGGAGAACGAUUGCGCAGCGGUCUUCACCAUCUGAAUAUGGCCGAUUUCUGCUCGAGUUACAUCAGAAAUAUGGCGCUGUUGUGCGCUUGGGACCUGCUGUCGUUAGUCUGAGCAAUGUCGAAGAUAUAGCAAAGGCUUAUCAUACCCAGCUCUUGGACGAGGCAAGCCAGCUUGACCUCCACGGUCAGCCAUCUGAGCACCGGGAGGAUCAGUUGGAAGACGUCGUUGACAAUGCUUUGUGCAACCUUGUUCGAACUCUACGGCGAUAUAGAGUUGUCAACCUCACAAUAUUGCGCUUCUUUGCAGAAGAAAUCAUCACCGAGCUGGUCGGCAACAGCUACCUUCACCCUGCCGCAUCCCAUACUUCGAGCCAAUCCCAACCUAGCCCUUCGCUCUUCGGGACAAUGGAAGAAAUACUUCUACGCGGGCCUGUUUCUCUUCUAAAGAGAGAUCGGCUAUCAUGCUAUGGCAUAUUAGGUGAUGUAUCAGCAUCAAUAUCUGCAACUGACCCUGCACAACCGCGAGGAUUCGGUACUGUCCAUAAGUUUGUUGACCGCAUGCCCCUCGGAUGUGCAUUCGCUAUGAGCAUCCAAGAUAUAACCGAUACAUUUGUUCUUCUGUUCCCUCUCCUUCUGAACAGCCCAGGUGUUCUGCGCAAACUUCGAAAUGAGAUUGAAAAUAUGCCGAUGUUUCGUAAUAGAGCUAUUAUUCCCUCGUCGAGGGACGUUACUGGUCUUUUCUACCUCGACGCCGUCUUCAAGGAAGCGAUGAGACUUGUCCUACUUCAGAGACAGUCAAGAGAGAUCCGACUAUCGUCUGGCCUUAGGUCCAAUGAGAAUCUCCCUCAUGGAACAGUGUUUUCAUGGCAUCCUGGUGUUGUGCUAACCAUGGACUCUAUUUUUGGAGAUGACGCUCACAUGUUCCGUCCUGAGCGAUGGCUCACCUCAGACCGACCGCGAAGGGUAUUGAUGGAGGAAUAUUUAUUACCGUUCACGAUUUGUAGGGCUUAUUACCCUAAACUUGAAGAUGGAUGGCUGCAGUUGAAGAAAACAGUCGUGGUACUGUUGAGGGAGUUUGAUGAUGUGAGUUGCCUUCAUCGCUCUGCUCGUGACCCGGGCAAUAACCGCGAUGCCCACGACGAAGCAUACUAA